AUGGUUCAAGACCAGCCUAUCACCGGUUAUACCGACAACCUGGUCAAGGUGACCAAAUAUAGGACAGGGCUGGAUCCGAAGAUCAACCAGGCCAUCACCACCUCUGGCAACCCUCCCAGCCUCACCGACUACGCCGAAUGGCGUGUCCGUGCUUUCCGGCAAUACAAUGCGGAAAUUGCUGCCAAGGCAUCUCGGGGGCAUGCUGCCCCUCCCCCUCGGGCACCUCCCAUUGCCCAACGUCCUCGUGCCCCGGUGCUCCCUGCUGUAGCACCGGCUGUUGCCGCCCGCCCGGCGCCGGCCCCUGUUGCCCACCCUGUUCCCAUGGAGGUCAACCGAGCCCGGCUCUGCGGGGAUGUCCGCCGUACCUGCUUCCGCUGCGGCAGUCCGGGACAUCUUGCCCCUGGGAAGUGA